AAUUGAAUUAAAUAAUUAUGUAAUUAAUUGUGACUAUACAGUAAAAAUUGAUUCACAUAAAAACUGGGGUCAAUGGGAAGGUUGGGGGACAUCAUUGGCCUGGUGGGCCAACGUUUUUGGGGACCGGGAUGAUUUGGCAGAUAUUUUGUUUACAACCAAACAGAUGCAAUAUGAUAAUAAAUCGAUACCCGGUUUGGGCCUAAAUAUAGCUCGGUACAAUGUAGGUGGGUGCUCGUGGAACACUAUUGGCUCUAGCGAUAAGAUGAGUACCUCACCUAACAUUCCCAAAUACAAACAAAUUGAGGGCUAUUGGCUCAACUGGGACAGCGAUGAUCCACAGUCCCGAAGUUGGAACUGGACUGUCGAUAGUAAACAGCGGUCGAUGGUUAGGAAGGCGCUCGAUAGGGACGUCAACCAGAUCGAGAUGUUCUCCAACAGUCCCAUGUGGUGGAUGUUAUACGAUCACAACCCGAGUGGUGCCACCGAUGGGGGCGAAAACUUGCAGUCGUGGAACUAUCGCAAGUUUGCUGUCUAUUUAGCUACAGUGGCCAAGUAUGCAGCCGAUCACUGGAACGUUAUGUUUACAUCGGUCGAACCGUUUAACGAGGCAACCAGUGGCUGGUGGAAGUCGACCGGCAGUCAAGAGGGCUGUCAUAUUGGAUCGGAAACACAGCAACAGGUUAUCAGAUAUUUGCGCGAAGAGUUGGAUAGUCGUGGACUUAGGCAUAUAGAAGUGGUGGCUUCGGACGAAAACACAUACGACGGUGCAGUCAAACUUUGGCAAAGUUUUCCCAUUGAUGUGCGCCAAUCGGUGGCCAGAGUUAACGUUCACGGAUAUCAAUACGUGUCCGGUCGGAGAGAUAUGUUAUAUAGUUUGGUCAGCGAUGACGGCGGCAAAAAAAUAUGGAACUCAGAGUACGGAGAAGCAGAUCCAUCGGGUGUGCCGUUAGCUCAGAAUCUGUUGCUCGAUAUGUUUUGGUUACAUCCGACCGCUUGGAUAUAUUGGCAAACAUUUGACGGAUCAAAUUGGGGUCUAAUUGAUUCUAAUUUGGGUGAAAAACAAUUGGGACGUCUAAACCCUAAAUACUAUGUGUUGUCACAGUUUUGUCGACACAUUAAGAAAGGGAUGCAAAUACUGGAUACCAAUCGCUGGGAUACUGUAGCCGCUUAUGACUCCGACAAAAAGCAUUUGGUUAUUGUUACGUUAAAUUUGGAUAAAUCAUUAGUAAAUAUUACAUAUGAUUUGUCAACAUUUGGUAAUAUAGCUAAUGGGACAGUUAGCCGAUGGACAACCGCACCGAAUAAUGAAAAAAUACAUUAUGUAUUUGAUACUAAUCUAAAAAUUAGUUCAAAAGCCUUGACAGUUGCUUUAGAUGCGAUAAGUUUGCAUACAAUUGAAAUAAAUAAUAAAAUUUAUAGCGAAUAUAAAGUGCUAAAGAAAUUACCUCCCGGUCCCUGGAAUUUGCCACUAAUUGGCAAUUUGGGUGUCUUUACGGGUAUAUCAGCAAAAACAUUAUUCGAUUGGUCUAAAAAAUACGGACCUAUUUUUGGUUUACAAUUGGGUUCAUCACCAACAGUAGUGCUGAACGACUGGCCAUCCAUUAAGGAUGCCUUAUCCUUAUGCUUGUCCCGACCAAAGGAGAAUGCAUUUACUAUAUUUGGCGAAACAAGUUUUACAGGAAAGAGUGGACAGGACUGGAAAGAUCAGCGAAAGUUUGCAUUACAUCAGUUGAGAGAUCUGGGAUUCGGUAAGACAUCAAUGGAAGAGCAUAUCAUCGAUGAGAUCAACCAUUUGUGUGAAGAAUUAAUUGACAAAUUGUUGGGAACUGAUAUCAAUGUUCGCGAUUUGUUGGCCAUUACUGUCUGCAAUAAUGUCAGCGCUUUUCUGUUCGGCCGACGACUAGAGUAUAGCGACAAACGCAAGAAACUGAUCGACGAGUUGGUCAAACCUAAUCCAAAUUUUAUGAUAACGGGUCCAUUGGCACAGUUUCCUGCAUUAACCAGAUAUUUGAUCAAUAAUGUCAACUAUUUAUUGCCAAAACAAUUUAAUCGUUUCAAACAAUUUAGCGAUUCAAUGGACGAGUUUUUUAACAAUGAAUUUGAAUCACAUGAAAAAACAUUGGAUUCAAACAACUUUCGCGAUUAUAUCGAUGCCUUUCUUAAUGAACUAAACAAAUCUAAUCCUAAGACAUCGUUUACAAGAAAGCAAUUACUCGGUAAUGUUGUCAAUUUGUUUGGUGCGGGAACUUCAACAACGACAACAAUUAUGGAGUGGUCACUGGUUGUGUUGGCCACAUAUCCGGACAUACAAUCGAAAAUUCGUUCAGAAAUCGAUAACAUUAUCGGCAGAGAUAAGACACCACAAUAUGCGCACAGAAAUCAAAUGCCAUAUCUUCAGGCAUUCAUUAAUGAAGUAAUGAGAUUCAGAUCAAUUGUUCCCAUAAAUUUACCCAGGAUUACAAGUGAAGACACUGUGAUCUGUGGACAUAAAAUAGCAAAAGGCACACAACUAUUGACUAAUUUGUGGGCCAUAGAUAACGAUCCAAAUCUAUGGGACAAUCCUCAAGUGUUUAGACCCGAAAGGUUUCUCAAAGACAACGGAACUGUUUUCUUCAAACCCGAACACUUCAUACCAUUUUCAUUGGGCAAGAGGUCGUGUCCGGGAGAGGCAAUGGGAACGGCAGAAGUAUUCCUAUAUAUUGCAUCAUUGGUUCAGAGAUAUGAUAUUAAAGCCACCAAAAACACUGACACAACACUUGAAUAUCUGUUGCAAUUUGCAACCAAUACUAAACGUGAACCCAUCGUCUCAUUUAACAAACGUGUCUAA